ACCCACAGGGAGAGAGGGAGAGAGAGACAGAGAGGAGAGAGGGAGGUAGAGAGAGGUAGAGUCCGACAGGGGGAGGUGGUCUCUGUAUAGUGGAGCAGCUGAACAAGCUAAUGCUAACUAGCCAUGUUGCUGUCGCCACCGCUGCUGCUCCUCCCGCCGCUGCUGCUGGUGUGAGUGUGUUAGCGGGCCGCCCUGGACUCCCUAUCCGCCCUGAGGUGCAUCAUGCCCGGCUGGAAGAAGAACAUCCCGGCCUGUCUCCAACCGGACCAGGAGGGAGAUGAGGGGCCGUACAGCAAACACUCCACCGGGCCCAGACCUCCAGAUGGAGCGCUGGCCAUCCGGAGGCAGAGCAUCCCGGACGAGUUCCGGGGCUGCUCGGUGGUGGAGCUGAUGAAGAAGGAGGGCACCACCCUCGGACUGACGGUGUCGGGCGGCAUCGACAAAGAUGGGAAACCCCGGGUAUCAAACCUGCGGCAGGGAGGCGUCGCGGCCAGGAGCGACCAGCUGAACGUGGGCGACUACAUCCGAGCCGUGAACGGAAUCAACCUCUCGAAGUUCAGACACGACGAGAUCAUCAGCCUGCUGAAGAACGUGGGGGAGCGAGUCGUCCUGGAGGUCGAGUACGAGCUGCCGCCCGUCUCCGUGCAGGGGUCAGGGGUCAUGUUCAAGAACGUGGAGGUCACGCUUCACAAAGAAGGAAACGGCUUCGGCUUCGUCAUCAGAGGCGGGGCCCAUGAAGACAGGAACAAGUCUCGUCCCAUCGUGGUGACAACAAUCAGACAAGGAGGCCCGGCUGACAGAGAAGGAACCGUCAAACCGGGCGAUCGGCUGCUGAGCAUCGAUGGGAUCCGACUCCACGGCAGCUCUCUGUCGGAGGCCAUGAGCAUCCUGAAGCAGUGCGGACAGGAAGCCACGCUGCUGCUGGAGUACGACGUGUCAGUGAUGGACUCGGUGGCCACGGCGUCGGGCCCGCUGCUGGUGGAGGUGGCCAAGGCGUCCGGCUCCAGCCUGGGCGUGGCUCUGUCCACCUCCAUGUUCUGCAGCAAGCAGGUCAUCAUCAUCGACAAGGUCAAACCAGCCAGCAUAGCAGACAGGUGUGGCGCUCUUCACGCAGGAGAUCACAUUUUGUCUGUCGAUGGGAAGUCGAUGGAGUUCUGUUCUCUGGCUGAAGCCACUCAGCUGCUGUCUGCUUCCUGUCAGACCGUCCGCAUGGAGAUCCUGCCGCAGCACCAGGCCCGACCGGCCCUGAACGCACCGCAGCACGUCAAGGUGCAGCGUAGUCCCCGCACCCUCCCCUGGGAAACUGGAAACUCCGCCCCCGUCCACCCUCCCUACCACUACAACACGUACCACCCCGACCAAUCAGCUUCCAGAUCGCACAACCGCCACACAAACAACCCUCCUCUCAGCCACUCGUUCUCUCCCGGCUCCAUGUCGGCCUACAGUCUCUCGUCCCUCAACAUGAGCACGCUGCCCCGGAACAUGUAUCCCACGAGUCCACGGGGCACGUUGAUGAGGAGGAAAGCCAAGAAGAAGGACUUCAAGAGCUCACUGUCUCUAGCGUCCAGCACCGUGGGACUCGCCGGGCAGGUGGUCCACACGGAGACCACGGAGGUGAUGCUGCUCGGCGACGGCAUCAUGGGCUUCGGCCUGCAGCUGCAGGGCGGAGUCUUCGCCACGGAGACGCUGUCCUCGCCGCCGCUCAUCGCCUACAUCGACCCCGACAGCCCGGCCGAGAGGUGCGGCAUCCUGCAGAUUGGAGACAGGAUUCUGUCCAUAAAUGGAGUUCCUACUGAAGACUCCACCCUGGAAGAAACCAAUCAGCUGCUCAGAGACUCGUCCAUCACUGCUCAGCUCACACUGGAGAUCGAGUUCGACGUGGCUGAGUCGGUCAUCCCGAGUUCUGGAACGUUCCACGUGAAGCUGCCAAAGAAACCGGGGGUGGAGCUGGGAAUCACCAUCAGCUCUCCGUCCAACAGGAAACCAGCUGAUCCUCUGAUCAUCUCUGACAUCAAGAAGGGCAGCGUCGCACACAGGACGGGGACGCUGGAGCUCGGAGACAAGCUGCUCGCCAUCGAUAACAUCCGCGUGGAGAGCUGCUCGAUGGAGGAGGCCGUUCAGAUCCUGCAGCAGUGUGAGGAACUCGUCAAACUCAAGAUCCGCAAAGACGAAGACAACUCAGACGAACAGGAAGUGUCCGGCACCAUCAUCUACACUGUGGAGCUGCAGCGGUACGGUGGCCCACUGGGAAUCACCAUCUCAGGCACCGAGGAGCCGUUCGACCCCAUCAUCAUCUCCUCGCUGACCAAGGGCGGGCUGGCCGAGAGGACUGGUGCGAUCCACGUGGGGGAUCGUAUCCUGGCGAUCAACAGCAGCAGCCUGAAGGGGAAGCCUCUGAGCGAGGCCAUCAGUCUGCUGCAGCAGGCGGGCGAGACGGUGACGCUGAAGAUCAAGAAGAUGGGCGAGCUGUCGAGUCCGAAGUCAUGCGUGAUUGGUCCAGAUCUGAGUUCGGGGGUGGGGCUCGGUCAGGAGAACCUGGACGGGGAGGAGGAGCCUGUCAUCAUGGCGGUGCCUCCAUCGAGCCAGAGAGCGUUCAGCGCGCUGCCGUCCGUGGACAGCGCCGUGGAGUCGUGGGACGGAUCCAACAUGGACAGCAGCUUCACCUCGCCGGCUCCCGUGUUCCAGUCGUCUCCGUACACGUUCCAUGAUUGGCGCAACGCCAAGACGAUCAACAGCCAAUCAUCGUCCGCCGCUCGCCAGCGAGCCAAUCCGCUGUCAGAUCUGGGCCUGAGUGACGACGACUGGGACCGCCCACCACUCGGAGGAGCCUGUAACCUGCCCAGCGGUCUAAUCUCUGACAGCAGGUUCACCGUGGGGCAUGAUGGGACAGAACCGGACCAGGAGGAGAACUUCUGGUCUCAGGCUCUGGAGGAUCUGGAGACGUGUGGACAGAGCGGCAUCCUCAGGGAGCUGGAGGAGACUGAUCAGGAGACGCACCUGCUCGCUCUGGCAACCAUCAUGUCGGGCUCCACCCUCAGUCUGAACCAUGACCCCACCCCCCUGCGCAGCACUCUGGGACGCCAGGCCAGUUUUCAGGAGCGCAGCAGCAACCGACCCCAGGUGACGCCGAGGUCCAACACAUUACCCUCUGACCCCCAACGCCGAGCCUUUGCCAUGAGGAAGAUGAGGCAGGAAGUCAACGAGAUCCUAAACCAGAACCCUGUGGAACUCCAUAAGUUGACUCUGGAGAAGGCCUCGGACCUGGAGGACUUUGGUUUCAGUGUUUCUGAUGGUUUGUUGGACCGUGGCGUCUACGUCAACAACAUCCGACCGGGGGGUCCGGCGGAGCGGGGCGGCCUCCGAGCCUAUGACCGAAUAUUACAGAUCAACCACGUGCGGACCAGGGACUUCGACUGCUGCCUGGUCGUCCCUCUGAUCGCAGAGUCUCCAGAUCGCUUGGAUCUCGUCAUCAGCCGAAACCCCACCUCCUCUUGUCUGCUGGCCAAUCACACUGAUGGCAUCACCCACAACAGUAGCAACUCCCAUCAGCCAAUUGGCGGCGACCUGGGACCGUCUGAGCUUUGUAUUGGCCAAGUAGAUGAUUGUGGUCCAAUCAAGUGGAGCAAACCAGGAGAUCUGCUGGGGGCAGCGUUUGGGGUGGGGCAGGUGAGUAACAGCUCCUUAUAGCAGACAAACCUGGAUCUAACUGGAUUAAACUGGUUGUAACCAGACUGGAAUAGAGGUCGAUGAUGAGAACAGUACAACAAAGUUGAGUCAAACUGGUUCAGCGUGGAUCCCCAUGGUGCUACAUACACCCCCUGGAUGGACUUUGACGUUUAACCACUAAGUUUGACCCUUGAACUGCUAAGGGAGCCUGAAAGCACACAAUGGACUGGAAAAACUCCUUACCUUUUCAUCUGAACCAGUUUUGCAAACUGGUACUACUGGUGUCACUGGAUCCCGAACUAUGACCACUGAUACUACUGGAACCACAACGCGAGCAACUGAUACAAGAUCGAUGGGUUCUGGUUCUACGAGGCUACAGCCAUGCCCCCUGGUUCUACUAAAGGUGGAGCUACAGGCAAUGGUCUUACUGGUCUACGAUCAGUGGACACUGAUUCUACAAGCCAAGGACUAGGACCAUUGGCCCUACUGGAACUAGAGCCACAGCCACUGGUCUUUCUGGUCAAAGACACUUGUGUUCUGGUAUUCGUUGGAACAGAACCAUUGCUAGUUGUCCUACUAAAGCCAGAUCUCAGCCACUGGCCUUACUGGUCUAAGAUCGAUGGUUAAUGGCUCUACAAGACUAGAACAAGGGCUAAUUGUCCCACUUAAAAUAGAGCCAUGGCCAGUGGUCUUACUGGUCAAGGACACAUAGGUUCUGGUCUUGGUGGUAACAGAAUCCUGGCUACUGAUUCAACCGAAGCCUGAGCCAGUUGUCUUACCUGUCCCUAGGCAUGGCUCUGGUUCAUGGUCUCAGGGUCAAAGAACCAUAGGUAUUAAACCUCCUGAAGCCAGAGCCGUAGCCACUAUUCUAACUGGUUCAAGACAUGGUUCUUGCUCAUGGUCCUGGUGGUUACAGAAUCAAGUCUGCUGCCUCUACAAGUUAGAACCAUGGCUCCAGGACUGUAUGAUCUCGCUAGAACCAGAAACAUGGCUUUUGGUUGUGCUGGCCAAGAACCUGCUGAUAGACAGGCAUGAUGCCAAGGAGACUAGAGAUGCUCCGAUCAGGGUGUAUAUGGCCCAUGUCAUUGUGAUCAUACAAACUAGUGGUGAUCACUGACUGGUUUCUUUUCUUAAAACAUUUUAUAGGAAGGUUCUGCAUGAGAAACCCUUUAAAACCCAUCACCCUCCAUCAGGUCUGUCAAUAAUGAAGCCAGGUUAUGGCUGCCUAGGGCCAAAAUGUUUGUACCUCUUAUAAAUAGUCACACCAAGUAUUCUUAAAAGAAGUUUCCUAUAAGUUGUAGUUGCAGUUUGACAACCUGAAGUCGCUCCUCGACUCUGCCCCACUGGUUUGAUCCUGCACAACUUGAGUGGAAGCUGUUCAGCAAUGUGAAAUAGAUUUGGAUCCCACCAGGGUUUUCUAGGCAGAAGCACUGUGAAGUUUAAUUGUAAUAACAGGAUAAAAGAUUAUUAUGGUUGAGUUGCAAGUGAGUAUAAGCAACAUGGAAAUGACGGUAAGAAUCUAGAAGGGUGGGAUCCACACAAACCUGCAGCUGCUCAUAUUUAGUUCUGCUAUGAUGGGCCACCCCCUGACACAUCCACGUCCAUGUCAUGCUAUCAGGCUAAUGCUACUUGCAGAUACUGUAUUUGAAUCAACAGUGUAGCAUGAAGUCCCGAUAACACACUUCUGUACUGUUUCAAAUACUUUACCAUAAGCUCCUGUGAAGUCAGAGCAUCCUUGGACAAACAAAGAUGGUGGUCAAGGUGACCGUAAUCAAACUAGCAUUCAGUUAAAGGUAGAAACUUUCCAGUUACAUGUGGUGGGUUCAAGGGCUGGGUAUCGUUUCACCAAAAUAAAACAUAACCAGUCGUGGUGUUGAAGAACAGUGAUGAUGGAGUUUUCUGCAAAAACCUUCUUUUCUAAUUUGUUGAAUUUUACAUUCAUAAAAUCCAGUAAUUUCCAAUAUUCAUCAGCUGGCUCUGAUCGGAGCAUCCCUAAUAAACAUGGACAGAGAGACGGCUCGGUGUCCAGGUUUGAGUUCAGUGCCAUGAACGAGCUGCAGACUGGAGAAGUAAUAAUGAUGAAGACACUGAGCGGUUCAAUAAGAAUCUUUUUCUACUGUUUACACCUGUUGGACUGGCCACACUGUGUAUGUGUGUAUGUGUGUGUGUUAUGUGUGUGCAGUAAACACAAGGCCAGUUAAGCCCCUCCCACCUCAAUUUCUAGUCUUGGCUGUGCCCCCCCCCCCCCACCCUUUACCCAUGACCAAUAGACAGCCAGGAUGAGAGACAGACGGCAAUUCUGAUUCGGCUGAUUGGCUGGAACCAAUCAGGAAACAAACGCUUCCCUGCCUGUCUGUGAUUGGUUCUCCUCAACACGUGAAUAAACCAAUCAGCUCCAGAAGAAGCUAAGCAUGCCCGCCCCCCCACCCCCUGAACCCCAGUAACAGUGAUCUAUUAUGCUAAUCGAUCUGUGUGUUUUUUGAUUGACUUGUCAGUUCUCUCUGUUUGUUCGUUUGUUUCCAUGACGGCUGAUUCUGAAAAGAUGUAAAUAGAUUUAAAAUCAGUUCAGUCGCGUCGUGUUCACAUCGGAACCAUCGACCCCUGACGACCUUCACCUCAUAACCACCAGAUGUUCCACCAGAAAAAAGUCCUGUUUGAACAGGAAACCUGUGACAGUAAAUACCUGUGAGUGUGUGUCUGUGUGAGUGAGUGUGUGAGAGUGUGUUUGUGUGUUUACUUUGGAUUGAUGUCAACAUCUUCCAGCUCUCACCUCAUACUGAACUCACUUUAAACUGGCCAAUCAGAACCCUCCCUUAGCACCAGAGGCCAAUAGAAACCCUCCCCGACUUGAAGCGACCACUCGCUGCUCUGGAACAGAUUCUGUGCUUUGGAAACGAGAUCUGAUUGGAUACCUGUGAUUUGCUCUUUCUGUGUAGCUGGCUGUGAUUGGCUAUUCUACUCCAUACUCAACUUUGAAAACCGAUCCUCUGAAGCACAGUGCUAGCAUAUUGUUAGCAUGUAGCGAGCAGACACUGAGCACAAGAAUAGCAUUAGCCUAAUGUGACUAAGAUGAAUUCAGCACAAUGUCACUAACACAUCACCACAUGGAAAACAAAAACUCACACCUGGAGCACACACCUAGAACAUAACAGGGCUACGGCUAGAGAAGUAGUGAGUUAGCACACACAGCUAACUCAGGUCUCUGGUAAACACAGCAGUGGUUAGCAGCACACACUCAAAACAAGGCUAGCAUACGGCUAACACAUAGUAUUAGCCAAUAGUUGUGUAACAUACAGAUAAAGUAAGGCUAACACCUGGCCAACCAAGCUAGGUCUUAGCAUAGAGCUAACACUUAACGAACAAACCUAAAACGUGAUUAGAGCUCAGCUAAUAUCGGCCUCACAACACUUUGUUGAGCACACGCUUAGUUCAGGGCUAACACAGCUAGCAAUUGGUUUGAUAACACCUGGAACUAUGCCAUGGCAAAGUUAACACAUAGCAAACAUCAUUCAGUUAGCACACAUCUAACACUUCGUUAACACUUCUAAUGUUUAGUUAGGAUUCAGCUAGCAUCGUGGGACGUUACGCAAAUGAUGAGCUAAAACUCUGAUGAUUAUCAUAACAACUCAGUCGAAGAGGGGUGUGGCUUCAGGAGGGCUGGACAAGUGAGCUCUAAAGCCAUAAACACUGUGUGUGUGUUUGUGUGUGUUUGUGUGCGUGUGUGUGUAACAUUGCAGGGAUUUGCACUAUAGUGAUUCACCUCAGCAAGAUGUCCAACCACACAAACUCACACACACAUACACAUGCACACUAACACACACAUUGCACUGCCAUUUUAAUAUAAUUGGUCAAAUUUGUUUCCAUGUAGCUUCACCAACCAACCAAACUAUUUUUCUUUAAAGGAACAGGGAUGUUGUAAAGUAUUUUUGUACAAAUUUAAUACUUUGGUAGCAUGAUCGACGUUCCUGGUGUUUGUCCUGUCGGGCUCCACUGCUCUUCUCCACCUUCCCUUUGUAUGGACGACUACUGAGCAACAAUAAAGAUGAAGACCUGCUGGGA